GGCGAGAGGCAGGCUGGGAAGCGGCGCCAUAUUGGCGUCGGCCGCGCUGUAUUGUCAUAAAUAGAGCCGGUUUUGUGGUGUUUUCACUACUCGGUUGGAUGCCUCAGCCAUAGUAAGUGGGAAAGUGAACGAGCAAGCGAGCUACAAGCGACCGGAGGGAACUAAACAGGGGGAGAAGGGAAGAGCAAGAACAGGACUCCAGAGCGAAAGACACUCGCUGGAGAGGGAGACGCAGGAAGCGAUGAAAGAGAUGUCUGCAAACACCGUGCUGGACAGCCAGCGUCAACAAAAGCAUUAUGGAAUUACCUCUCCAAUUAGUUUGGCAUGUCCUAAAGAAAUUGAUCAUAUUUACACACAGAAAUUAAUUGAUGCCAUGAAACCAUUUGGAGUGUUUGAAGAUGAGGAAGAAUUGAACCACAGGCUGGUGGUUCUUGGUAAAUUGAACAAUUUAGUAAAAGAAUGGAUUUCUGAUGUCAGCGAGAGUAAGAACCUCCCACCUUCUGUUGUGGCUACUGUUGGUGGUAAAAUUUUCACAUUUGGAUCCUAUAGACUUGGAGUACACACCAAAGGAGCUGACAUUGAUGCACUUUGUGUAGCUCCAAGACACGUGGAGAGAUCUGAUUUUUUUCAAUCUUUUUUUGAAAAAUUGAAACAUCAAGAUGGCAUUAGAAACUUAAGAGCUGUAGAAGAUGCCUUUGUACCUGUUAUAAAAUUUGAAUUUGAUGGUAUUGAAAUUGAUCUAGUCUUUGCAAGACUGGCAAUACAAACCAUAUCAGAUAAUUUAGAUCUAAGAGAUGACUCUCGCCUAAGAAGCCUUGAUAUAAGGUGUAUUCGCAGCUUAAAUGGAUGUAGAGUUACUGAUGAAAUUUUGCAUUUAGUGCCAAAUAAAGAAACUUUUAGACUCACCCUAAGAGCUGUCAAAUUAUGGGCAAAACGACGUGGUAUUUAUUCCAACAUGCUAGGAUUCCUUGGUGGUGUCUCCUGGGCAAUGCUAGUUGCAAGAACUUGCCAAUUAUAUCCAAAUGCAGCAGCAUCUACUUUAGUUCAUAAGUUCUUUUUAGUUUUUUCCAAGUGGGAAUGGCCAAAUCCUGUGCUGCUGAAGCAACCAGAAGAAAGCAAUUUGAAUUUGCCUGUCUGGGAUCCUCGGGUAAAUCCAUCAGAUAGGUAUCAUCUCAUGCCCAUAAUCACCCCUGCCUACCCACAACAGAAUUCUACGUAUAAUGUGUCCACAUCAACUCGAACAGUAAUGGUAGAAGAAUUUAAACAAGGUCUCGCAGUCACAGAUGAAAUUCUUCAAGGAAAAUCAGAUUGGUCCAAACUACUUGAGCCACCAAAUUUCUUUCAAAAGUAUAGACAUUAUAUAGUAUUGACUGCCAGCGCAUCAACAGAAGAAAACCAUCUAGAGUGGGUUGGAUUAGUAGAAUCUAAAAUACGUGUUCUUGUUGGAAACUUGGAACGGAAUGAAUUUAUUACUCUUGCCCAUGUGAAUCCCCAGUCAUUCCCAGGGAGUAAGGAACAUCAUAAAGACAACAAUUACGUAUCAAUGUGGUUCCUUGGGAUAAUUUUUCGGAGAGUAGAAAAUGCAGAAAGUGUCAACAUAGACUUGACAUAUGAUAUACAGUCAUUUACUGAUACAGUGUACAGACAGGCAAACAAUAUAAAUAUGCUAAAGGAGGGAAUGAAAAUUGAAGCAACUCAUGUAAAGAAAAAACAACUUCAUCACUACCUUCCUGCAGAAAUUCUUCAAAAGAAGAAAAAGCAAAGUCUCUCUGAUGUCAGUCGAAGCUUGGGCGGACUUCAAUCCAAAAGAUCGUCUCUGGAUAGCAGUUGUCUAGAUAGCUCCAGAGACACUGAUAAUGGAACACCUUUUAAUUCUCCAGCAUCCAAGUCUGAUAGCCCUUCUUUAGGAGAAACGGAAAGGAAUAGUGCUGAGCCUACUGCUGUAAUUGUGGAGAAGCCACUGAGUGUACCACCAGCCCAAGGACUCUCCAUUCCAGUCAUUGGUGCAAAAAUUGACUCUACAGUAAAAGCUGUGUCACCCCCUGCUGUGUGUACCAUUCCUACCGUAGUAGGGCGAAAUGUCAUUCCUAGAAUCACAACACCCCACAACCCUGCCCAGGGACAGCCACAUCUGAAUGGAAUGUCAAAUAUAACUAAGACUGUUACACCCAAAAGAUCCCAUUCCCCAUCCAUAGAUGGGACUUCUAAGAGGCUGAAAGACAUAGAAAAGUUUAUUCGACUUGAAUCAACAUUUAAGGACCCUCGCACAGCUGAAGAAAGAAAAAGAAAAUCGGUGGAUGCCAUUGGAGGAGAAUCUAUGCCUAUUCCUACUAUUGACACAUCUCGCAAAAAGAGACUACCCAGUAAAGAACUACCAGAUUCAUCAUCUCCAGUUCCAGCAAAUAACAUCCGUGUCAUCAAAAAUUCCAUUCGACUGACUCUUAAUCGGUAAAAGCAGUGCCUCCUCUCUUAAGAGAACAAGCAAUCAUUUAGUGGCAUAGAAGAUGCAGUCACUGUUUUUUCAAAUAGAAGUGGCUGUCAUACAUGAAAUAUGGUGAAAGUUACAGCCUUCAGCCUCAUUAACCUUGAGGUGAUUUCUGAACUGUCACACUUUGACCUGCAGAUGCUGUAGCAUUAUCUUACUGAUUGCUACAUACACUUCUCUGAGGAUCACCUGCUGUCAAAUUGCAAUCUACAGUAUUACAGCUUUGCAUUUGGGGGUUUUACUGCCUUAACUUUCAACGCUUGUUAUGGGAACCAGUUCUUGGCCACUUGGACACUGACAAGUCCUGAACUCCUUUGUGUGUGUGUGUGUGUUUUGGGUUUUUUUUUUUGUCUUAUGUUGUAAUCAUUGUAUAGACCUAAAAAAACAGCUGAAAACAAAAAAAUUGUCUUGUAUUUUCCAAAUGUUAACACAUUUACUUUAGCAUUGAAGCCACUUUGUGAAACCUGAGAUAAAUGAAUGUGAGGUAUCUUUUCUGCUUUCCUCAUUUGUUUAGAUGUACUGUCUGUUCUAUUGAUUUAAAUUAUUUUUUUCCAGAUUGGCACAUGAAAUAUUUAAACUUUUUUGUGUGCCUUUCUGUCCAAAUGUUGCUUAGCUACCAGGGAAGAUUAGUCCAGUGAUUACAUAAGAGUUGGGCACCAUAAAUUCUCUAUCUUUUGCCUCCCGUGGAGGCCUUUGAAAUGCAUCUUUAUUAAAAAUCAAAAUAUAACCAGGAUACUGAAAGUCAGUAUAUGAAUGGUAAAAUUGUUACAUAUCCUAUUUCAUGCCAUUCUUGUUAGUUGACUGGUAUUUUUUACUGAGAAUCAACUCAUUCCAGCAUCAACAAUAAGAUACCUUUAAGUAUGGCAAACUUGUAUUUUUGAGGUGUAAAAUUAACUUGGCAUGAUAAUUCUUGACCAUAUUUACCCCACAACUUCAAAUAAUUUCUUCAUGGACUAGGCAUGCAGAAAUAAGCAGUGGAUUUUAUUGAAACCUUAAAGGCAUUUUGAAUGACAUUGUUACCAACCAUUAAUUGGCUCAGGACCUUUGUAAUUUUUAUUUAACUGUAUGAGUUGUCUUUUUUUACGCUGCUUUUUUCAAUGCAUUUCUUAAUAUUUUUUAAGUUUCAUGAAUGCAUGCUCAGUUUAUUAAAAUCCAUAACCAUGUAAUUCUUGUAAUAUGUUGAUUCAGUGUUUUGUAAAUGAAGUCGUAUGUAUUUUCAGAGUAUUUUUGUAUGUACUGUAAGAUACCAUCUUUUCAAAGAGAAACCUUUAAAACCUUUA